GGCGGCGGCGGCGGCGGCGGCGGCCGCUCCCCCGGCGGCCGCGACGGCCGCGGCGCCGGGUCCUCCCGCGGCGGCGUUCUGAACAUGAAACGCCUCCCGACGCCGAAGGAGAUGGUGAAGAUGCUCGACGAGCACGUCGUCGGGCAGACGCACGCGAAGAAAGUUCUCGCGGUGGCGGUGUUCAACCACUACUCCCGCGUGCGCGCCGAGGCCGAGGCGGCGUCGUCGUCGUCGUCGGCGUCGUCUGGCGCCGCGUCCUGCCCGACGGAGGCGGCGUGGCCCGCGGACAAGUCCAACGUCGUCCUCUGCGGCCCCACGGGGUGCGGGAAAACGCUCCUCGCGAAGACGCUCGCGUCGUUCGUGGACGUCCCCAUCGUCAUCGCGGACGCGACGACGUUGACCCAGGCUGGGUACGUCGGCGAGGACGUCGAGUCGCUCUUGUACAAGCUCUUGCAGGAGGCGAGGUUCGACGUGGAGUUGGCGGAGCGCGGCAUCGUGUACAUCGACGAGAUCGAUAAGCUCACGAGGAAGGCGGAGAACGUCGCGAUCACGCGGGACGUCAGCGGCGAGGGCGUGCAGCAGGCGCUGCUGAAGAUGGUGGAAGGGUGCGUCGUGAACGUGCCGGAGAAGGGGGGCAGGAAGAACCCGAGGGGGGAGUUCACGCAGGUGGACACGACGAACAUUUUGUUCGUCUGCGGCGGCGCGUUUUCUGGGCUCGAAACGCAAGUUCGGCACCGGCGGGCUGAAAGUCUCGUGGGUCGACGGCCUGUCAGACCUCGACGUCGACGGGUCCCGAAGCGCGCGGACGCGGACGACGCGCUCGAACGCGUCGAGGCGUGCGACUUCAUCGCCUACGGGCUCAUCCCCGAGUUCGUCGGUCGGUUCCCAGUCGCCGUCCCGCUGCGGUCGCUGAACGAGGACGAGCUCGUGCGCGUCCUCAUGACCCCGCGCCGCGCGAUCGGCCGGCAGUACCAGCGGAUGAUGAAGAUGCUCGGCGUGGAGUUGGAGUUCACGGACGGCGCGAUGUGGGCGACGGCGCGCGCGGCGUUGCGGAGGAACACCGGCGCGAGAGGGUUGCGGACGCUCGUGGAACGGCUGCUCGUGGACGCGAUGUACGAAGUACCGGGGCUCGCGGAGGCGCGUUCAUAUUUACACUGGUCCCCAUACGACCGCGUCGGCGUGGUGAGCGCCGAUCCUUAAGGACUUUUGCCGUCGUCUCUCUCCGCCCACCCCUCGCUUUCAUUCCCCGCCAUCGACGCCUUUCAACGCCAACUGACGCCUUUGAACUCCACCCCUACGUUCGCUCGUAUAGAACGACCCUGAGGAGGAGGAGGAGGAGGAGGAGGAGGGCGGUGGCGACGGCGCGGGGACGCGGCGACCGCGGCUGCGGCUCGUGAAGGUUGUCGUGGACGAGGAGGGCGUCCGACGCGGGCUCAGGCUCGGCGGGAAGGCGGCGGUGGGGGGCGGCGAGAGAGGCGAGGGAGGAGGAGGUGGACGCGAAGAGGAAGAGGAAGAAGAACGCGAAGAGACGGACGACGGCUGCCGCGUCUUCACGCGGCGCGUCGGCGGCGCGAAGCUCGUGUUCCGCGAGACGACCGAGAGUUUGAAGAAGAAGAAUGCGAAGAGACGGUCGGCGAUCGAGGUGGCGGCGGACGAGGAGGAGCCCGAGGAAGAAGCCCGGGAAGCGACCGUGUGACCGACGACGGACCGCGACGCUCUGUUGACGGAAGUACUUUCGUACGAAAGUACUUUCGUACUUUCGUUCUUGUAUGAUGUCCACACCCUGAAUGUGUAACGUGUACGCUAAGAUGACGCAUCACUCG